UGACCCCACGCGUGAUCAUAUGAUUUCUUGUUGCGAUCAAGAAGUACAGCGGAGAUCCGCUCCACAGCAUCCCGCCUUCAACCAUGGCUCGGCUACCAGGGCUCCUCGCCGUGUUGCUGUGUCUGGCUCUCCUCGCGCACACAGGGCUCUCCGCUCGCCCCCCCACCACCGGGGGAGAAGCGUGGAGCUACGUGGAGGUGAGGGACGGGGCCCACAUGUUCUGGUGGCUCUACAACGCUGACCGCAAAGAUCUGCCUCUGGUCAUGUGGCUGCAGGGUGGACCAGGAGGAUCAGGAAGUGGCUUCGGGAACUUUGCGGAGAUCGGACCUUUGGACGGGGACUUAAAGCCCAGAAAGACGAGCUGGGUGCAGGCAGCUAGCGUGCUGUUUGUGGAUAACCCCGUGGGCACCGGCUUCAGCUACACGGACCGGCCGGGGGCCUACGCCACCGAUGUGGCCACGGUGGCCUCCGACAUGCUGGGGCUGCUCCGGCACUUCUUUGAAGCGAGGCCAGCGUUCCAGAGCGUCCCCUUCUACAUCUUCUCCGAGUCGUACGGGGGGAAGAUGGCGGCCGCAAUCUCCUUAGAGCUCACCAAGGCUGUUGCACAAGGGGAUGUGAAAUGCAACUUUGCCGGCGUGGCCCUCGGGGACUCUUGGAUCUCCCCGCUGGACUCUGUGAUGACCUGGGGCCCGUACCUCUACACUACUUCACUGCUGGACGAUCGCGGCCUGGAGGAGGUCCAGAGUGCGGCGGACGCGGUGAAGCAAGCGGUGGAGCAGCAGCAGUUCCAGAAGGCCACGGAGCUGUGGUCUGUGGCUGAGACCGUGGUGGAGCAGAACACCAAUGGCGUGAACUUCUACAACAUCCUCACCAGUCAGCCGGAUGACAGGCGCACCUCUGUGGCGGGAGAAGACUUUGUCUCUCUGCAAGCGCGUCGCCAUAUUCGACCGCUCUACAGCCAAUCGCUGAGCGAUCUGAUGAACGGCCCAAUCAGGAAGAAGCUGGGCAUCAUCCCAGAGAAUGUCACCUGGGGAGGCCAGGCAGAGGACGUGUUCAGCAACAUGGCAGGAGACUUCAUGAGACCUGUGGUGGACGUGGUCGACCAGCUGCUGACUGCCGGGGUCAACGUCACCGUCUACAAUGGACAGCUGGAUCUCAUAGUGGACACCAUGGGUCAGGAGCUGUGGGUGAAGAGGUUAAAGUGGGAGGGGCUACCUGGUUUUAACGAGCUGAGGUGGACCCCCCUGGAUGACCCCACUUCCCCGGGCAUUACUGGAGCGUUCUGCAAGACUUAUAAGAACUUUGCCUUCUACUGGAUCCUCAAAGCCGGUCACAUGAUUCCCUCAGACCAGGGACCUAUGGCCUUGCAGAUGCUGAAGAUGAUCACCCAGCAGGUUUGAUCCAAAGCCCCUCUUGAUGCCAGCUGAAAUGGCUCUGACAAUCCUAAAGAUGACAUCAACUUUUUUAAAUUCCACUCUGCUGAACCAAAAUUAAUCUCACAGCUCUGAUAAAUUAAUGACCUGUGUCAUCAUCAGCCAUAAUAACAAUAAAGACACUUUUUGUAAAUGCU